UCGAAAGUUCGAAAAGACGAAGGAUGGCGGAUGGACGCAAAAUUAUUGGAAAAUUCUUGGAAAAAUAUAUUUUUGAUUAAUAAUUUGAUAGAGCUCACUGUUAGCUAUUACAAGGCUGUGAACAUUAAGUUAGCCGUGAUUUUUCAUGUCAUUUCCAAAUACCAUGUCUUAGGAUAAAAUGAUUUUAAGUUGGGGCGAAGGUUAACUUCCUACGUCGAUUAUUUGUUAUCAUAAAUUAUUAUGAGUCAGUCGUACAACAGUGUCCAGUGAGUGUUGUUGGUGUACAGAGCCGAACCGAGUCAGUGUAUAAAAACUUAUUGUGUUAAUGAUUUAAUUCCGGUAAACAUGGCGAGUUCACUGUUCAGCUAUGAAACCUUGGUGCAUGCCCUCGCCGGCGCCACUGGUGGCAUAGUUGGCAUGACUGCAUUCUACCCCUUGGACACAAUUCGAUCCAGACUACAAGUGGAAGAUUCCAACAAGUUAAAGGGAUCCUCAUGGGAGAUCCUGCUGCGGCUGGCUAAUGAAGAAGGCAUUGAGUCCCUCUACCGAGGGCUGCUCCCGGUGCUGCAGUCCCUGUCCGUCUCAAACUUCGUCUACUUCUACACUUUCCACUCACUACGGAGGGUAUUAUCCACUAAAUCAUCAGCAUUAAAUGAUCUAAUGAUAGGAUUAGUAGCAGGCAGUAUUAAUGUACUGCUGACAUCUCCACUCUGGGUGGUCAACACUAGAAUAAAGGUGAAGGAGAAUUCAUACAAUGGCCUUUUUGAUGGACUCAUAGAAAUAGCCAAGAAAGAGGGAGUGAAAGGUCUCUGGUCCGGAGUAUUCCCUUCUCUGCUGCUGGUGUCCAAUCCGGCUAUCCAGUUCAUGGUUUACGAAUCUCUAAAACGGAAUUUCCUAUCUAAUAAUAAAAUGGACAAUUACUCUGUAUUUCUGAUGGGUGCAGUGGCGAAGGCAAUAGCCACGACACUCACAUACCCCAUGCAGCUGAUCCAGCAGCGGCUGCGCGCCGGUACCAGCCUCAAGCCGCUGUACAAGGACUGUAAAUCCAACCCCCUGGUCAUGUUCCGGGGUCUGGAAGCUAAACUUCUGCAGACUGUCAUGACUGCUGCACUAAUGUUUGCAAUAUAUGAGAAGGUUGUCCGGUUAGUGCUGACCAUCAUGAGAGUGAGAAUGACUAAGCACCGAUAAUACUAAUUAUACUAACUAUUAUGUUAUUAUCAUAACUUUGUUGAUUUGGAAGAACCUACAAUAUAAUGUAAGUACUUCAAUUAUGAUUACGAAUUAUUUAAUACCCAGACAGCUCAUCAUGACAUUAUUGUUAUUUAUUUUAUACAUUUGUGUGAGAACCCUAGUAAAAGUUUUUGUGACUAUUAAUUUCGAUGUACCAAAACUUACAUUAAUAAAACGACACCUGAAACCUACCCCAAUGUUAUGUGUAUCACUUUAUUUUCGAAAGGCGUCAUUGUGUAAAAGGAACUUGCUACACAGGUUUUUUUACAUUUGCCAAUGUAAGGUUACACUUAAAAAUAAGAGGAAGCAAGAUUAAAGCAUAUUUUUUUGCAAGGUUGAACUUGUUUGGUAAUUAGCAUGUUGAUGCCUAUGUGUAAAGGUCUUAUUAUUACGUUUUAUGUAAUAAGAAUCCUUAGCUACUAUAUGUAGUGAUCUUGAAUAUUGGUGAUAAUACUGAUGAAUGUAUAUUAUUCAAUUAUUUUAAAUGGGUAUACAAAUACCUACAAAUAUUAUAAAAAGACAGUCAAGCUUUUUCCGAUAUACAGGUGAGUCUUUCGUAGAUCCGGAUAUCCGGAAGUAUGCUACACAGGUCUUCAUUCUGAUUAACUGUAAUAAUGUCUUGGCAUAUUCGCAAAAAAAAUCACAUACACAAAGUCACAUAAACAUUUUUUUUCUAUGGUGAAGCUCAUUUUUUUCGUGAUAUCCCAAGACUAUUAUAACCAAAGUUGUUCAGAAUGUGACAUACUUCCGGAUGUGCAUCUACGAAAGAAUUGCCCUGUAUAAUUAUUAUAAUUGACAAAGGUACCUUUAUCAUUAAAUGUGAUGUGUGAAAACAAUGGAUGUUUUACUACGUAGUGUGAGUGUGAUGAUAAAUAAAUUAAUGUUUAUUUGGACAGUAGGUUUUAUUUAGUUAAAUUAGCUGUGGCAAUAUUGAUUUGGCUGUGGUUUUUGGUGUAGGUGUAAUUAAGUAUUUAUUCAGGCAUUUCAAAUAUGUAAGUACUGCCCAAGUACGUAGACCUAGUUUAAGUAAAACUUGGAAAUAAGAAGGAACAAAAUGCGUAAACUGUAAUAAUGACAACCCUAAUGUACUCUUAUUGCUUAUUCUUAUCGGACUAGUUUUAUAAGGGUAUAUUGAAUUAAAAGUUUUUUUCUCAAAUCUUA